AUGCAAAAUCCUGAACAAAUGGAAGCUGAAGAGGCAGGGAGAACAACUAUGGAGACAAUGGAUAAAGAAAGUAUGGAGAACAAUGAGAAACAUGUGACAGACAGCGAUCCUAAGAUUAACUACAGAGGAUGGAAGGCCAUGCCCUUUAUCAUAGGAAAUGAAACCUUUGAGAAACUGGGAGCCAUUGGCACCUUAGCUAACCUCUUGGUCUAUCUCACUACUGUAUUCAACUUGAAGAACAUCACAGCCACAAAUAUAAUCAACAUCUUCAGUGGCAGCACCAACUUUGCUACCAUAAUAGGUGCCUUCUUAUCAGACACCUACUUUGGUCGCUACAAGACAAUAGGAUUCUGCACAUUCACUUCAUUUCUGGGGUUGCUGGUGAUACAACUUACAGCAGUAUUUAAGAAUCUGCAUCCACCUCAUUGUGGAAAGGAGAGCAAAACCUGCAGAGGACCUACUACAGGGCAAAUGACUUUUCUAUUGGCUGGAUUUAGUUUACUGCUGGUGGGUGCUGCUGGGGUCAGACCAUGUAACUUGGCAUUUGGAGCUGAUCAGUUCGAUCCCAAAACAGAUUCAGGGAAGAAAGGGAUCAACAGCUUUUUCAAUUGGUAUUUUUUUACCUUCACUUUUGCCCAGAUGGUCUCUUUAACACUAAUUGUGUAUGUCCAGUCAAAUGUGAGCUGGGCAAUAGGGUUGGGAAUUCCUGCUGCCUUGAUGUUCAUAUCUUGUAUAGUGUAUUUCAUGGGGGCCAAAAUUUAUGUCAAGAUUAAACCAAGUGGCAGUCCCAUCACUAGUAUUGUGCAAGUUUUAGUUGUUGCAAUCAAGAAAAGGAGUUUAAAACUACCUGCAGAACAUCCAACUAUUUCCCUCUUCAACUAUGUGUCUCCCAAGGGCAUUAACUCUAGGCUCUCUUACACGUUUCAGUUCAGGUUUCUGGAUAAAGCAGCCAUUGUGACCUCACAAGAUAAAAUAAACCCAGAUGGAUCUGCGGCAGAUCCAUGGAAUCUUUGCAGCAUACAGCAAGUGGAGGAGGCAAAAUGUGUGGUGAGAGUAUUACCUGUAUGGUUUUCAGCCCUUCUGUACCACAUAGUUAUAGUCCAAAAUCACACCUUUCUUGUGUUUCAAGCCCUUCAAUCCGAUAGGCGUCUUGGACACAAUAACUUUAAAAUCCCCGGUGCAUCCUACAAUGUGUUCUUGAUGUUGAGCAUGACCUUGUGGCUACCAAUCUAUGAUAGAAUUGUGGUCCCUUUUCUCCGUAGACUCACUGGAAAAGAGGGUGGCAUCACACUCCUUCAGAGGAUGGGAAUUGGCAUUUUUUUCUCUGCACUAUGCAUGAUAGUAGCUGGAGUUGUUGAAGAGCAUAGAAGAAGUUUGGCUCUGACCAACCCUAUAGGAGUGCAACCAAGAAAAGGUGCUAUUUCAUCGAUGUCAGGCCUGUUGUUAAUUCCUCAGUUAGCACUUGCCGGUCUAUCUGAGUCAUUUACUGCGGUUGGACAAGUUGAAUUAUACUACAAACAAUUCCCUGAGAACAUGAGAAGCAUCGCAGGGUCACUUUUCUACUGUGGCAUGGCAGGGUCCAGUUAUUUGAGCACUCUUCUGAUUACAAUUGUUCACAAUACCAGCGCCAAAUCUGCAUCGGGGAAUUGGUUACCAGAAGAUCUUAACAAGGGGAGAUUGGAUUUGUUUUAUUACACGAUUGCUGCUCUAGAAAUCAUGAAUUUGGGAUACUUUUUAUUGUGUUCAAAAUGGUUCAAGUAUAAGGAAAACGAUAGCAGUAACCUUGAACUAAAAAAAUAUGAAAAAUCCACCAUUGGUGUUUAA